GAGAGGGGGAGUCCCCGCCGGCUCCCUUCUCCUCAGCCGCCAUGCCGGCGUUGAGCUGGAAGCCGUUCGUGUACGGAGGGCUGGCUUCGCUCGUGGCUGAGUUCGGGACUUUCCCCGUGGAUCUCACCAAAACGCGACUUCAGGUUCAAGGCCAAGGCAUCGAUGCCCGUUUCCGAGAGAUCAAAUACAGGGGCAUGUUCCAUGCCUUGUUUUGCAUCUACAGGGAGGAAGGCGUGCUAGCACUCUACUCUGGAAUUGCUCCAGCCUUGCUAAGACAAGCAUCUUAUGGCACCAUAAAGAUUGGCAUAUAUCAGAGCUUGAAACGGCUGUUUGUGGAUCGCUUGGAAGAUGAAACGUUACUGAUCAAUGUAAUCUGUGGGGUAGUGUCAGGGGUGAUCUCCUCUACGCUGGCAAAUCCAACAGAUGUGCUGAAGAUCCGAAUGCAGGCUCAGGGCAGCCUAUUCCAAGGUGGAAUGAUUCACAGCUUCAUCGACAUCUACCAGCAGGAGGGCACACGGGGGCUUUGGAGGGGUGUGGUCCCUACUGCUCAGCGUGCUGCCAUUGUGGUUGGAGUAGAGCUGCCAGUCUAUGACAUUACCAAGAAACACUUAAUCCUUUCGGGUUUUGUGGGGGACACAAUCCUUACCCAUUUUAUUUCCAGUUUUACUUGUGGGCUGGCCGGUGCCAUUGCUUCAAACCCAGUAGAUGUGGUGCGGACACGUCUGAUGAAUCAGCGGGCCAUUGUGGGGAGCGUGGAUCUCUACAAGGGUACACUGGACGGUCUGGUAAAGACAUGGAAAAGCGAGGGCUUCUUUGCACUCUACAAAGGAUUCUGGCCAAACUGGUUGCGGCUUGGCCCCUGGAACAUCCUUUUUUUUAUCACCUAUGAGCAGCUGAAGAGGCUCCCUUUCUAGGGACCGGUUCUGAUGGGCGAUCCAGCUGCCCUCCCGGCUCAUCUCCCCCUUUCCCACAUCUUCACGUUGUUUGCCUGCGCUGACUGAGGCCUGCCACCAUCCUGCUCCUGCGCUGAAUGCUCAGCCUUGGGAGCGUGGCUUGGAUGAAGGGGGAUGUCAGGGCCAGAGAUACCUGGAGCCUGUUGCAUGUGCUUUCCCACAAGGGAAAGGUGGAGCGUGAGAGGGAGAGCGUAUGGGUUGGAGUCCGUAUCUUCUGUGAAGAGCUGUGCGAGUUUCAGAGGACCUUCCCAGUGCAGUUUAUUGCAGUGUGGGUUUUGCAGUAGGCUGUGUCUUCCCCUAAACUGUGAAAGGGGGAACACAGGGGGCUGCUGCAUUCCCUCCAUUGUCAUGUGACCUUAUUAAACUAUUUAUUGGAA